UGGUGAAAAUGUUUCGAUGAUUAAGUUUUUAGUUAUAAAUUUUUAAAUUUUUUUAAUAAGUUUGAAAUUUUGUUUAGUUAAUACAAUAAAAAAAUGUCAUCUUCUGAAGAUAUCAGAUCAGAAGAUGCCAGGCCAAUUUUAGUACAAUUUGAAAAUGGACAAUUAAAAUCAUCAACAGACAUUAAAUUUCAAUUAAUUCGCUCAAAAAACCCGAAAUCAAACAAAAGAAUGCUGAUUGCAGAUACAAAAGCUUUAGGAUACAUCGGAACUAUCACACAGAAACAACAAAAUUGUCUCAAAUAUUAUGUGGGUGUUGUCAAUAAAAAAACAAAAACAAUUGAGUCUGUUGAAGAAUGCCAACUUUGUACUUUAAAGCCUUAUUUAAGUGAUAAAAGGACAGAAGCCAAUAUUGUACCAUUGACAACAUACAAAGAAAAGGUGGACUCUCUUCUUGCAACAUUUGGAUCUGCCAAACAAAAAAGUCUUUUUAAAUCGCGCAAGAAACACGAAGCAGUCAAAGCCACUAUAAGUGACAAAGUAAUUAACAUUGCAAGUGAUAUAGUAAAAGAUAUCCCAUUCUCUCCAGAAAAAUCUGAACCUGUUCAAGAUUUCUUUGUUAUACCACCAAAGUAUGAUGAUGCAACGAGAGUGGAAGAAUUGUUUCAUAUUGAUGACAUUAUAGACUAUAAGCAUUAUCAGCAUCUCAAAAUACAUUCGAAACCUAUUCUUGAAUGUAACCAAGAAAUAUUAGAAAAAUGGCAGCUUGAAAAAACGUACAAUGACUUUGUUUUGCAUCACAUCUCUAUGCUCCCAACAAAUAGAUUAGAGAGAGAAGAGAGGUCUUGUUAUCUACUGUACUUGCAUUUUCUAAUGGUUUUAUUUAAGCUGCCUUACAAAGAUAUACGAAAGAAAGAUCCUUGUCCAUCUAUACCCCUUGAAGUAAAAAGAUAUAUGCUGGAUAUGUUUACAGCAUCAGAUGGUAGAUAUCGUACCAUCCCAACAAAGUACAAAGAUAAGUUGCUAUGUUACAUUCUUGUUUUGUCACUGAUUAUUGAAGGUUUUCAAAUGGAUUGCAAUUUACUCUUAAAAGAUUUAAAACUGACAGUUCCAAAAUUGACCCAGUUGCUGCGUGCAAUUGGUUGUACUGUGCGUUCCACGCCCGCCGAAAAAAAUGAAGAAGGCAUAACGACUGAUGUUCCUAAAUUAAUCGCUUAUCUUACUUUACCAAAAAAAUCGAACGAUGAGUUACAUAAUAAAAAAAUAAAUGAUGAAUUACAGAGUAAAAAAACUGAAGAAUCACUAUUAUUGACAUUAAAGCAAGAAGAGAUGUAGUUACAAAAGGUUUAGUAUUAAAAUAUCACAAAAUUCAAAA